UUUGAUAAUUCAAAGAGAGAUUAUCUCAUAAGCUAUUCUAUACUUUUGAUUGUUUUGCAAUAAUAUCAGUAGAAUGACGUCGGCUUCCUGUUUUAAGAUUUUACUCACAAGAUGCCAGUCACAACAAAGACUACUUAUUUUGGCGCCUUAUUCUAGCGUCUUAAGGGGCCAAAGGUAUUCGUUUUGGUCAUCAAUCAAUGGAAAUGGUUUACAGAAAGCUAUCAAUACUGCAGAGAGGGUUGUUGGCUACCAAACAAAUUUUAGUAGUUUAAAGUUUCUUGUCGAUGAAGAAGAACCAACGAACUUUAUAAAACUUGCGAAAAAGUUGGUUGGCAGUGGUCACCCAUUACUUACGACAGCAAGAGAUUUAUUAUCACAAGACCCAUACAGUAGCCACCAAUUUGGUGGUUUGUGGGUAUUACUUAUAUCGAAAGCUGUAAAGAACGAGUCAGACUUACUCAAUGACGUUGUUGGUGGUAUACAUCGAAAACAGAGAAUGCUAGCAGAAACAACAGAACUCAUUAGUACAGCUUUUCUCAUUCACCGCAGCAUGCUAAGUCUAAAAAGUGAAGAGUUCUUACAAGACCUUAACAAGAAAACUUUAGGUUUCGGAAACAAGUUAUCUGUGCUUGGUGGCGACUUCUUGUUAGCUAAGGCUUCACUCGAACUUGCCAGACUCGAAAACACACAAGUCGUCGAACUAAUUGCACAAGCCAUUGGAGAUAUGGCGGAAGGAGCAACGAUUGAAGCAUUGGACGUGCAAGCAGAUCUUACGUGGACAGUGAAUGAUUGGGAGAACUUUGUAUACCUCUUAAAAGGAAGCCUAAUGGCGAACAGUUGCAAAGCAGCAACAGUCUUAACUUGUCAACCUGAAGAAGUUCAACAGGAAUCGUUCGCUUUCGGCAAAAACUUAACUCUUGCUCAACAGUGCGCCGAAGAUAUCGAAACAUUUCAGAAUAAAAAAUCUGUACUCAAAAAAACAAAUCUUUUGUUGGUUUUAGCGCUUCAACGGUGCAGUAGUUUGAAGGAAAGAUUUGACGCUGUAUCGAGUGAACAAGGAAAUAUUUCGCGUCAUUUAAAAGAACUGAGGCAUGUUAUCCCUUUAAAAUAUCCAAACGUAAUUGAAGUAGCGAAGAAAAUGUGUGACGAAUAUGUUGCUACGUGUAGUCGCAGUAUUAAGUGUUUCGAACAGAACGAUGCAAUUAGCGCAAUAGAAGAUAUAUUAAAAACUGUACGCGAGACAUGACGAAAAAAAGUAUUUUUUCUAAAGUGUGUUAAGAUUCCAGGAAAUAGUGGCCUCAAUUUAGCUAAAUUUCUAAAAUGUAUCAGGA